AUGGAGGCCGCCGCGGAUCUCGCGGCGGGGGCGGAGGAGGGCGCCAAGGGAGACGACGCGGCGGGCAGGCUCACCUACGAGAUCUUCUCCCUCCUCGAGGCCAAGUUCCUCUUCGGCCGCGCCGACGUCGCCGCCGCCGGCCCCCCGCGCGCGCCGGGCAAGGUGUGCGUCCUCUCCAUCGACGGCGGCGCGCGCGCGUCCGACGGGCUCCUCGCCGGCGCCGCGCUCGUGCGGCUCGAGGCCGCGCUGCGGCGGCGCGCGGGGAGCCCUGCCGCGCGGCUGCCCGAUUUCUUCGACGUCGCGGCGGGGUCCGGCGCGGGGGGCGUCCUCGCGGCCCUGCUGUUCGCGCGCGGCCCGCGCGGGCGGCCCCUGUACGCCGCCGAGGACGCGCUCGCGUUCCUGCUCCGCCGCGUCCGGCGCGGGAGGAGCUGGCCCGCCGGUCUCGUCCGCCGCGGCGGCGCGGGGUCCGCCUUCGGGCGGGCGCUCGGGGAGCUCACGCUCCGGGACACGGUGCGCCCCGUGCUGGUCCCGUGCUACGACCUCGGCACGCGGGCGCCGUUCCUCUUCUCCCGCGCCGACGCCGCGGAGUCCCCCGCGCACGACUUCCGGCUCCGGGACGUCUGCGCCGCGACGUGCGCGGGUGCCGCGGCGGUAGAGGUCUUGUCCGUGGAUGGCGGCACCCGGAUCCGCGCCGUGGGCGGCGGCGCCGCGCUGGGCAACCCCACGGCGGCCGCGAUCACGCACGUGCUCAACAACCGGCGCGAGUUCCCCGCCGCGGCCACCGUCGACAACCUCCUCGUCAUGUCCAUCGGCACGGGGGAGGCCGCCGGGCGCGGGGAGGUCGCCCGGAUCGCCGCCGAGGGCGUGUCCGACAUGGUGGAUCAAGCUGUCGCCAUGGCGUUCGGACACAGCAGGACGACCAAUUACAUCCGCAUCCAGGUAACAGGCACGGGGAGCCGUCGCGGCGGCGGCGGCGGCGGGCGGGCGCCCCGGGCGUGCGGCGGCGAGACGGGGGAGCAGGCGGUGUGGAAGGCGGAGGCGAUGCUGCUGCAGAGGAGCGUGGAGUCGGUGCUCUUCCAGGGCAGGAAGGUGGCCGGCGAGACCAACGCCGAGAAGCUGGAGCGCUUCGCGCGCGAGCUGGCCAAGGAACACGCCCGGCGGAAGCACCAGCAGCAGGCCAUCGAACAGGCGAGCACCGACGACGACGUCCCCCCGCCGGCCGUCGUCGUCACUCCAGCCGCGCCCAAACAGACGCCGACGCCGCCGCACAAAGCAAUAACCGCGUCGUCGUCGUCGUCGUCCGCCAGCGCCGCCGGUUCGACGGAGGCAGCCGCGCCAUCCGAAGCUCCGCCCCCGCCGCGGCGGCGCCGGCCACGCAUCGCUAAGUCUGUACUCGAUUGAUCGACGAUCGAUCUUGCUGCUGCUCUUGCAGAGUUCCAAAUGAAU